GUACGUGAUCUCCUUUAGCUACAUCGCGUGAACUGAAUUUCACCCGUGGCGAGUCAUGUGGAUUAAUGGAACCUUGGAAUUCUUUAAACAAAUAUUAGUGAAACAUUUAUAUCGUGAAAUCCAAUGUUUUUGCGACAUAUAAAAUGUUUACACCAGCGUUCUCAAGGCUCAGCUGCUCCGAAUCCCUUGUUCACUAAGCUGUUAUCGUCUGAAUUUUGACAUUUUACUCCAUCGUAAAGGUUGAACAUCCAACUUCAGCUCAGCCUAUUAUUAUACGCAUAAGUUACGCCAUUAUUUUAACAAAUUCCUCAGAAAUAAUCAACGUAGUUUGUUUCAAAAAUAUAAUGUUAUAUCAAUGAUAAAUUUUAGUAUAGCAUUUUAGCCGUUCUAUGAUAAUUUUUCAUAUUUAUAAGAAAAUGGUAGACUCGAGCCAAGGUUGCUAAACAAGUUCGAACGUAGCGUUAUACGUAAUCAAGCUCCGCCUUCCGCAGCGACACUGAACGCGACGCUGAUGCAAGAUUCAAAGUGUCAGGCUACGAGUUGUCAGUCAUGUAGUAACCACUCUCUCGUUCGGACCUCUACAUUAACCAGUCUGUCGGUCGACCGUAACCAUUCCGUUCUUGAAUGUGUGGUAGGGCCCUCGUCUCAUCAUGAAGUGGUUUAACGUUACUCUCUGCGGCGUUUUCGUCGCGUUUUGUGCCGGCACCUGCGGAGGACAGUGGUUCGGGGCACAGAAAUCCUCGAGGACGUCCAAAGGAGGGAGUCCGGCCGCUGGGGAAAGGUGUUUCUGUCAGCUGAAAGGAGUUAUAGAUGACUGUUCCUGUUCUGUAGAGACCCUUAAUAGUUUCAACAAUCUAAAGGUUUUCCCAAGACUGAAUAGUCUUUUGAGCCAAAAUUUCUUCAGGUACUGGAAGGUGAACCUGAAUAAGGAAUGUCCUUUCUGGGAAGAUGACAGCAAAUGUGCCAUUCGUUUUUGUAGUGUCCAGCCGUGUACUAAUAUGUCAGAAUUGUCACGGAAUUGCAAAGAAAGUGAAGUACCUGAGGUCCCAGAUGGCAUCAAAGGGUCAGUGACCUAUUUGGAAAAGAAUAAAAUUGAAAAGCAGAAGUACUACAACACUAAUGACUGUGGUGGGGAAAAUGACCUUGGAUAUCUCAAUACUACGCUGAGCAAAGAGUCUAUUGAUGGAUUUGAGCGUUGGGCUGCUCACGACAGUGCCAUUGACUCCUUCUGUGAACUUGAUGAUGAAUCUUCAACAGACAGUGACUAUGUUGACUUGCUUUUAAAUCCUGAAAGAUACACUGGCUAUGCUGGGCCUUCUGCUCACCGUGUUUGGAGAAGUAUAUACCAAGAGAACUGCUUCAAGCCCUCAGCAGAUUUGGGUCCUUAUGCAGACUUCAGCAGCAUUGGAGCUAAUGAUUUUCUUAAAGAUAUGUGCUUGGAAAAACGCACAUUCUAUAGAGCUGUCUCUGGACUCCAUUCAAGUAUUAAUAUUCAUCUCUGUGCACAAUAUUUAUUGUCUGAUAAGGAGGGUUUUACUGAUUCAAGUGAAGGUGUUUGGGGCCCUAACAUUGAAGAAUUCCAGCGUCGCUUUGAUCCUGAGUUAACUGGAGGCGAGGGUCCUUUGCGACUCAAAAAUCUCUACUUUGUUUAUCUUUUAGAAAUGAAAGCUUUAGCAAAAGCUGCACCAUACCUUGAAAGUCUCGAGUUUUAUACUGGCAACGAAGAGGAAGACAUCGAUGUCAGGAAAGCUGUUAUGGAUUUGUUGAAUGUGAUACAGGGUUUUCCAAACCAUUUUGAUGAAGGUGCUAUGUUUGCUGGAGGAUUUCAAGCAGCAAAACUAAAGGAAGAGUUUAAACAGCAUUUCCGAAAUAUAUCACGCAUAAUGGAUUGUGUAGGAUGUGAUAAGUGUCGCUUAUGGGGAAAACUACAGAUUACUGGAUUAGGAACUGCGUUGAAGAUACUUUUCUCAGGCAAUUUUGAUCAACCACUGGAUCAGCAGUUAAGUUUGUCAACUGUCAGACUUACCAAGUUUCAGCUUUCAAGAGGAGAAAUUGUGUCCUUAUUUAAUGCAUUUGGAAGGUUAUCCAGGAGUAUCAUGGAACUUGAAAGAUUUCAAGAAGAGAUCUUGAGAUAGCCAAUCAAAGAUUCCAUACAAAAUAUUCUGUGAUAAUUUGUUGUACUAUUUAUGAAUAGCCACAUCACUCACUGUAAGGACAGGAGAAGCAUGAAAACCUUUCAUUGAGUCUCUUGCAAUGAGAGGUUUCUUAAAAAAUCAUUUUCUUGCAAGCACAAGCUAUAAUGACAAGGGGCUUCUAAAUAAUUAUUGAAGAGCACACCUUCAUGAUUAUUUUUAGAUAUUUGCUCGAGAUUGUCUCUAUCUGCUGUUAUGGAUAAUUGAACAUUUUUUUUUUAUCAGUUAUGGAUUGGGUAACAUUUUUAAACUUCACCAGAUAUAUCUUAUUUCCUCUGGGAGUGAGAGAAAAUCAAGAACAGAACGAACAGAUCUCUGAUUGUUAGAACAAAAAGGUCAAUGAUAGACUGGUGUAAUCCAGCCUUGAGGAUUUUUCAUACCAAUCCUCACUAUGUUGUAAUAGUAGUAUUUUAACGGGGUUCUCCAAUUUUUUCCAUUUCUUUUUUAAUAGUCUAUAUUUUGUGUAUGUAUAGAGCCAGAAUAGUUUAGAAUGAUUGUUUAUGAAACAUUACAACAAGAUUGAAUGAUGAUCAAAACUACAUCGAUACAAGAUGUGGUCCAGUAUAUAAUUGUCUUUUAAUUUUAUUUUAUCCAAAGGAUCACAUGGUGAAUUGUUUGUGGCUCAUCAUCAUGAUUAUCUGUCAUGUAGAGGGUGCUUCAGCUCCAAUUUUAUGAUAAAGAGAAUUGUUGUUGUUUUUCGUCUGGCAUUGUUACUAGCUUUUGUUUUGUUGUUAUUUGAGGUUAUUUAAAUGUCAAUAUCUUCAAUGCAUUAAUGCCUUUUUGCUUUCGAUUAAUGGUGUCAUUGCCACUUUUUCUGUGCAGGAAACUGACAUAAACAUCAUCUUAGUUGUUGUUGAGGAAUUUUUACAGCUUUGUCUUUUGAACUUUCAAAAUGUUUAUAAAGGAGAGUGGAUAAGGAUAUCUCUUUUGUCACUGAGUGGCCAUUCCAUAUAAGUUUAGAGCUCACAUUAAUUAUAAUGGCUUUCCUAAAAGGGGAGAAAAUAGAUUUUUAGAUGUUCAUAGUAGAAGAUAGGAAGCAAAUUUGGAAUUACGGUGCACAAUGUGGUAGAAACUGAAUAUCCUUGUAUUCUUUUGCAACAUAGCUUUUCAGAAUUUUAAUAUUUCCCAUAUGAAUUGAUAAUUGCUUGUAUGAAAUGCAUUCUUUGCAUAUGUAUCGGCUGGGUACCUCAGCGUAGUGUUAUUUUGACAUUAUAUUUUGUCUAGCAGUGGUUGUUGAACAUUACAGUAUAGCUUUAUUUGCUUAUUUUAUGUUCCUGAGAUUUCAGACAUUGAUUCUCUGAAUUUUAAGGCCUUUUCACGGGUGUUUAGGUUAUUAAUUAAAGGUAAUUAGUACACUGAUGGAUUAGUUAAUGCAUCGGCAAGUGCUUUUUAACUGUAGUUUGCUGUAUCGAUGAGAGCAGUUUUAUAUGUUGUUGGCUUUCAUUUCCAAUAAUUUUAUUUUUUGUAAUUUUUUGUUAAGAACCCAUUUUCAAUUCAGUUCAUCCAGCAGUUAAUGAGACACAUUACACACUGUAUUUAUUUCCAUGGUAAUAUUACCAAUGAUCAUUAUAGUUCUAAUUUUUUUUUUUUUAUUGAGAGAUGGAGACAUAUUUCAGAUAUUGAAAGAAAGCUUAUAUAUCAUAAUAUAUAUAAUUAUUAAUGCAGUGACAAAGAAUGUUUUAAAUACACAGAUUUUUGUA